AUCUAUCUGUCUCUCUCUCUCAAAACUGGAAAAAGCUUCUUUACCAGCCCCACUACUUGCAAAUAUUAUUACUGUGUGUAGUAGUGCCACUUCGGUGAGAAGGACAUAUAAUGGUGGUUUCUUGAAACCUCUGAUCUUCUGUCAACAACCAAAUUAAACGCUCUCUUGAAAGCUUCACCAGAGGCUAUAGUUUUUGCAGCCACAAAGAUAAAAAGCAGCACAAAAAAGAGAAGGGGGAAAAAGGGUUUUGUUUUGUUUCUUUUACAUAUUGGAAGGAAGAAGCCUAGCCUGAGAUAUGGUGGUAGGUAGCUAGGAAUGACAUGAUGGGUGGAAACCCUACUGACUGGUGGAGCAUGAUGAUGAUGAUGGAUGGAACAACCGCCAUGCAUUCACAAUCUUCCUCUUCUUCUUCUUCCUCUCCUACCCAGAACUUGUAUGGAUCUUCUUCCAAUUCUUUGCCAGAUAAUUCCACCCAAGAUUUCCCUCGCUCCUGGAGCCAACUCCUCCUCGGUGGAUUGGGUGGUGAAAGUGAAAAGUUUGGCAUGAUGAACAGUCCUAAUCCCCUUGAAGAACACAAGAAGAUGGAGAACUGGGAAGAUUUGCAGACUCUACAGAACAACAAUAACCCAUCGUCUUCUUCUUCUUCCUUAUUAAGGCCCCCUUUUGCAGCAGAUAUAAAGCAAGAGUUUCCCCUGCAGAUUAACCUAGGACGACAACAUCAUCAAGAAGUAGUAGACAUGGCGGCGGCUUCUAGUUUGAGUCACAGCGUUAACAACAACGUUUUCAACUUCCCCAGCAGUACUAAGGUGGGAGGAGACUCCUGCACCAAGAAUCAGAAUCAUUAUUAUUCAUCUGAGUGUAAUAGCACAAGCAGUGGUGGACCAUCUAAGAAGCCUAGGGUUCAUCACUCUUCUUCCCAGCCUUCUCUAAAGCUACAGGUAAGAAAAGAGAAGCUAGGUGAUAGAAUUACAGCUCUUCACCAAAUUGUUUCCCCUUUUGGAAAGACUGACACUGCCUCCGUCUUGUCAGAAGCCAUUGGCUACAUCAGAUUCCUUCACUCUCAAAUUCAGCAGGCAUUAAGCACCCCAUACAUGGGCAAUAAUCCAUCAGGAAGCAUGGCUCGUCACAGUCAUCACCAACAAUCAAAUAAUCCAUGGCUAAGUGGAGGUGGCAAUAAGGAUUUAAGGAGUAAAGGGUUAUGCUUGGUGCCUGUUUCUUGCAUUCAACAUGUCGGAAGCGACGAGGGUGGAGCCGCCGGUUACUGGGCUCCGGCUCACGGCGGAGCUUUUUGAGAACAAAUUAAUUAAAUAAUUAAACUUAUCUUCUAGAGUCGAUUAUAUCGGGGUUUAAUUAUUAUAUUAUAUAUGCGAUAGAUAUUUAAUUUCUUAAAUGAGUAUUUUUCAUUGUGAAAUUAUAUCGGAUCGAUCAAUUCAGAAACAGUAAGUAUAGAAAUAGAUGUGACAAAUUAAAGGCAAAAGUAUAUUUGCAUCAAUAUAAUAGCGUUGUUGA